CCUCAUCCAUCCCCAUUGACAUGUCCUCCGCUUGCCUCAGCUUUGUCCCGCUGCCUUGCUUGACUCGUUCCAAAAUGAACCCCCUUACAACUGGCCGUUUCUUCUUCCCUGCCGAAUGGCACCCACAUGUAGCAACCAUUCUGGGCUUCCCAUCAAGGCCGUCUUCAACCGAAGCUCUUUACGAACCUCUGUGCAACGAGAUCGUGGAUCUAGCCGCAGCGAUCGCAGACUUCGAGCCGGUGCGGUUGCACGCGCGCCCGGAGGAUGUCCCCGCCGCGCAAGCACUAGUGAAGCGCAAAGUGCGCAAUCCCUCACGGGUCAGCAUCGUGCCCCUGGCCAUCAAUCACUGCUGGGUGCGUGACACCGGGCCGGUAUACGUGCACGAUGCGACGGGCAAGUUAGACCCGAGACAGCGGCUAGCCAUCGACUUCGGGUUCAACGAAUGGGGCAACAAAAACGGAUGGGCCGGAGCCGUGGGCGAAUAUCGGUACGGAACGCCCGCCAUGACGGCGGAGAUCCUGCGGGAGAAUGCCGAUUUUGCCCGCAAUGUGAUUGAUGCCGACGUGUCGCCGUCCCCCGUGCAGGUGGUUGUGUCGCGCAUUCGCACCGAGGGCGGCGCCCUGGUGGUCGAUGGGGAAGGCACGCUCAUCGUCGCGGAGAGCUGUAUGAUCUGCGAGCAGCGGAAUCCCGGACUGUCGCGUGACGAGAUUGAGGCUGAGCUCCGUCGCGUGCUGGGUGUUGAAAAGGUGAUUUGGGUACCUGGGCGCAAGAACCUCGACGUCACGGAUUCGCACCUCGAUGCUGAGGUGCGGUUCGUACGACCGGGGGUUGUUGUCUGGUCAAGGCACCAUCCCGAUUCGGACCAGAUCUGGCUGGAUCUGUCCAACGAGGUGCUCGAGGCCUUGCAGAGCCAGACUGAUGCGAAAGGGCGGAAGCUAGAGAUACAUGCGGUGGACGAGCCGCCUAUGAGCGCGUUGCCCUGUGCGAAAGACGACGAGUUUGUGUCGGGAUACGUCAAUUUCUAUUUCUGUAACGAGGGACUGAUCCUGCCCAAGUUUGGGGCCGAGGGGUGGGAUCAGAGGGCGAAGGAGACACUGCAGGCGUUGAUGCCCGAGAGAGAAGUGAGACAAGUUCAUUUGAAUGCGAUUCCCCUGAGCGGAGGCGUCAUCCACUGCGUGACGCAGCAGGUGCCUGCUCCGUUGGCUUGAUUUCAGACUCGUGUUUGGGAUGAAGAUAAGGUCCAAUGUACUUCUCAAGUAGACACUUACUUUCCAGAAGAAUACACAACAAGAUACCUACCUACCCGACAAUCAAAAGACAUCCGUUGAUAAUUG